AUGGAAAACACAAACGUAAUCGCCUGGCUGCUGCCCUCUAGCACCAACCAGCCUGCCCUUGAAACUAUCCGCAUGCCCCAAAACACCACCAGAAGAGUCGACACGAUUCCUUCAUCAUACGAGCCCAUCGUCCAAACACCAAACCCCAACAACACGCCCUCUACGCCUACCAUCGACCCCUCCGUCCUCACAAAGUCCUCACCAUCCCAGUCCAAACUCCGCCCAGCGCUCGAACUAUCCUUCACCCACCCUCCCAAGAACCACCUCGGCUUCGCCCUCGGCACCGACCCAGACGUCUGCGACGUCGUCCUGCCGUCUCUCCCAGGCAUCAGCCCCGUUCACUGCCACAUCACCUUUGACGCUGAGAAGCGUCUCAUCCUCCGCGACACGUCCGAGACGGGCACCGCCGUCUGGUACGACGGCAACAGCAACGGUGACCGCCGCCGCGAGUCCUGGGCCCUGAGCAGCGGCUGCACCUACGGCUUCCCCGCCAUGGUCGACCGCGUCGUUAUCGACAUCCAGACCGUGCGCUUCCAGGUCCUCGUCAACGAGGCCCACCUCCUACAGCCUGAGGUCUACCAGGAGAACGUGAACAGCUUCAUGUCGAGCCUCGCGAGUGGCAGCAGCGUCGUGGAGAAGUCGAUGCCGACCGUCGUGGAGCGGGACGAGGAGGUGUGCGACUUCUAUUACAACUUUAAAUUUGACCUCGGCUUCGACCUGAGCUACGACUACGACUACGACUUUGACUUUGACAUGUCGGACGACGACGAGGGCGACAGGAUGGACUUCCUCCCUCCCAUCCCGUCCGUCGUCCCGCCCGUGUACGUGAAGUACCUCCUGUCCUCGGACGAUGGCAUGCCGCCCGAAACCUACCUCUGGAACACGACCCGGCCUUGGGAGCCGAUGGUCAAGGUCGCGUGUUGA